AUGUCAUCGAAGGUCGAGUCCAGCGUGAUUCAAACUAGCAACCUAGAGGAGAAAACCCCAGUGGAGGAGUACUUCUUUGAAGGAGCGGAGAAAUUGCUUGAAUUAUGGUUUGCUAAUAGUAGUGGCAGAAGCGGUUCUCUGCGUCGUAUCCCGAGUGAAAGCAGCCUUUUUGUAUCGGAACGUCGUUUGAUUUUGAAGACAUGUGGAAGGACCCGUUUGCUUGCAGCACUACCAACAAUUAUUCAGCUGGCUGCAGAUUAUGCAGAGGUUUUGAUCAAGGUGGUGUCGGUGUACUACUCACGCAAGAACUUCCUUCGACCUGAGCUACAACCUGAAGAACAUCGUUCGUUCGACGCUGAGGACCACACACUGGAAAUACUCAUGACGGACCUUGAUGAAGACGUUCUCCACAUCUUCACAAAGGACGCUUGCGAAAACGGAAAAGAUUGUACAGAG